AUGUCUGACGAUCAACAGUACAACCAAGACAAGUUGUCUCAAGAUUUCCAAAAUACCUCAAUUGGAAGUGGUGAACAACAGCAACAAUCGUACCAACAGUAUCAACAACAACCACAGCAGAACAAUUUCAAUGCUAAUAGCGCUCCAACUUUUACACCAAGUGGACAACAAGGAGGCUACCAAGGAGGCUACCAAGGGGGAUAUCAAGGAGGAUACCAGAAUUAUUCUCAAGGAGGAUACCAAAAUUAUAACCAAGGAUAUCAAAACUACAACCAGGGGUACCAGGGAUACCAAAACAACAACAGAGGUGGAUACAACAACUACAACAACAGAGGUGGAUACAACAACUAUAAUAAUUACAACCAACAAGACCAACAACCAGUUCAAAACCAGGGUAUGUCAUUGGCCGAUUUCCAAAAGCAGCAGAAUGCUCAAGCUAAUUUAAAUAAGCCUAAGAAGACUUUGAAGUUGGCUUCUUCUUCUGGUAUUAAGUUAGCCAAUGCUAAGAAGGCCCCAGAAACCGAAUCUAAGGAGGCUACUCCAGCUGCAACAGAAAAGGAAGCCACUCCAGCUGCUACAGAAAAGGAAGCCACUCCAGCUGCUACAGAAAAGGAAGCUACCCCAGCUGCCACUGAAAAGGAAACUACCCCAGCUCCAGCCAAGAAGGAGGCUACUCCAGCUUCAGUUAAAUCUGAAUCUAAGCCUGCCUCUAAGUCUACUUCUAAGGUCGCCACUAAAGAGUCAACUCCGGUUACUUCUGAUAAGGUGAUUCAAGAGCAAGUUGAUGAAGUUGAUGAAGAAGUUGUCAAGGAUAUGUUUGGUGGUAAGGACCACGUUUCUAUCAUUUUCAUGGGUCAUGUUGAUGCAGGUAAGUCGACAAUGGGUGGUAACAUUUUAUAUUUAACUGGCUCUGUUGAUAAGAGAACAGUUGACAAAUAUGAAAGAGAAGCUAAGGAUGCCGGUAGACAAGGUUGGUACUUGUCAUGGGUUAUGGAUACCAACAAAGAAGAAAGAAGUGAUGGUAAGACUAUCGAAGUUGGUAAGGCUUAUUUUGAAACUGAGAAGAGAAGAUACACUAUUUUGGAUGCUCCAGGCCAUAAAAUGUACGUUUCUGAAAUGAUUGGUGGUGCAUCUCAAGCAGAUGUUGGUAUUUUAGUCAUUUCUGCCAGAAAGGGUGAAUAUGAAACCGGUUUCGAAAAGGGUGGUCAAACAAGAGAACACGCUUUGUUAGCUAAAACCCAAGGUGUUAACAAGAUUAUUGUUGUUGUUAACAAGAUGGACGAUCCAACUGUUGGUUGGGCUGAAGAUCGUUAUAAAGAUUGUAUCACAAAAUUAGGGACAUUCUUAAAGGGUAUCGGAUACGCUAAGGAUGAUAUAAUCUUCAUGCCUGUUUCAGGAUAUACUGGUGCAGGUAUCAAGGACAGAGUCAAUCCAAAGGACUGUCCAUGGUACUCUGGCCCAUCAUUAUUGGAAUUUUUAGAUAACAUGAAAACCAUGCAACGUCAUAUCAACGGUCCAUUUAUGUUGCCAAUUAGUGGUAAGAUGAAGGAUAUGGGUACUAUCAUUGAAGGUAAGAUUGAAAGUGGUCAUAUUAAGAAAGGUGGAAAUUUAUUAUUAAUGCCUAAUAAAGCAUCUAUCGAAGUUGUUGCAAUUUUCAAUGAAACCGAACAAGAAUGUGAUGCAGCAUUUUGCGGUGAACAAGUUAGAUUGAAGAUUAAGGGCGUGGAAGAAGAAGAUUUAGCUCCAGGUUACGUUUUGACCUCUCCAUUAAAGCCAAUCAAGACCAUUACUAGAUUCGAAGCCCAGAUUGCCAUCGUUGAAUUAAAGUCUAUUUUAUCUAAUGGUUUCUCAUGUGUCAUGCAUUUACAUACUGCCAUUGAAGAAGUUACUUUCAUCGAAUUAAAGCAUAAAUUAGAGAAGGGUACUAAUAGAAAAUCCAAGAAACCACCUGCAUUUGCUAAGAAGGGUAUGAAGGUCAUUGCUAUCUUAGAAACUAACGAAAGUGUCUGCGCGGAGACAUAUGCUGAUUACCCACAAUUAGGUAGAUUUACUUUGAGAGAUCAAGGUACCACCAUUGCUAUUGGUAAAAUUACCAAAGUGUUAUAA